AUGUUUGGAAGAUUUAGAUUAGGACUCCGGAAUGAGAAUGCUGACCAUGUUGCGGUGGACAUGGGAGUCACCCAACAGUACAACUCAUGCGGAGAUCAACAACAUUCUCAUCAACCGAAGAUGGUGCUCACUGGACGUCUCAGUGGUACCAUCCUUCAGCAGCGGUUCAGACCAUUGUCUCCUUCUAGCAGUAGUGCGGUUGAAGACAUUAACUGCUAA